UUUCUCUCCCGCUGUUAGUUAUAAAAUUCCAUUAUUUGAUCGAUUCCCUUUCUUUCUCCCUAUUUGAUCUAUUCAAAAUGUCCAACAAUAAACAAAGUCAUCCUUCUUGGGAUCCUAGUCAUUCAGAAUAUACAAACACUAACGAACGACAGUUUCCAAGUAUAUAUUAUGAACUACAACAACAAACUCAAAAACUUCAAGCACGUGGUGCACUUGCAGCUGCUUCACUCAAUUCAAUGCUCAAUCCAACAUAUAGACCACAACCAGUAUCAUACGAUGAAUUAUAUCAAGAUCCUGUACCAACCACUUCUCAGGCAACUGACUCUACUCAAUCACAAAAGAAUGGUGGUGUCUGUUGCAACAAAUGGUAUAAAACACAAAUAGCCCUGGAUCAACAUCGAUCUAUCCAUAUCAAAUGUAAGAUCUGCUCUACGUUUGAAGGAAAUCCAGCAUUUGUACAAGUACACCAAGAAGAGGUACAUGGAGUGGCAAGCAACAAAAAGAAAAAGGAUAUGCCUGACGGUAUUGUUCCCGCCAAUGCACCAAAAUUAGAUACACCCGAAGCCAUUGCAGCAUGGAUUGAAGAACGAAAGAAGAACUGGCCAAGCAAAGCAAAUGUGGAACGAAAACAACAACAAGAACAAGAACGUGAAGCUCGUGGAGAAUUACCAAGAGAUAAUAAAUACAACAAGAACAAACGCAAAGCAACAAGUGAUCAACAGGAAAGCGUUGGGAAUAAGAAACACCAAGCGACAAUCACACCUUCAUCAUCAUUACCUUCCUUGGUUAAUUAUGAUUCAGACUCGGAUGAGGAAUUUCAUAGCGCUGAAGAGGAUUUCCCAGAUAUCAGUAAGAGCAACAAUGAUGAUGAUGAUCAUAAUGAGGAGAAUGAAGAUGAUACGAUGGACUUACAACAAGAUGCGGUAUCAUCGAAGGAUCCAACCUCAAUGGGAAAAUUGACCUUACCACCUGCAACAACAACUCGACCACGAAAACUAUGCAAAUACUUUGUCCGAGGGAAUUGCACACGAGGUGAUCAAUGUCACUUUUUACAUGAAAAACCAAAGUCUGUAAGUCAAAAUCAUUCCACUAGAGAUAUAUGAUCUGAUUCAUCUUUCCUUUUUUUUUUUUUUUAAUCUUGGAUAGCGAUCUCAAAAACCGAAAAAGACAUCCACAGUACCUGAAUUGAAUAAAAGACCUCAUUUGCUAAAAAUGCUCUUAUCCAAAGAAAUACGACAGGAACAAAAUGUGAUUCUUCAAUGCUUAAGAUAUAUACAUCAACAAGAUUUUUUUGGACUUGGUGAACAUACUGAAAAAAAAAUUCAAGGUGACAACAAGGGAUGAACAAAUAUCAAU